CUUUCCAUCCAUGGCAUCACUGUCAUUGAGAAUAUCAGGGAAGGAUCAGUGUACAAAGUCUGAUUAAUUCCUUAUUUUAAUACUAAUUAAGUUUCUAUUUUGAUUCUUGUACGUCCAAAAUCGCAGUUUCUGAAUUAAGAGAUCUACAAGCUGCAAUGGCUGCCGAGAAGAAGACGAGCACUCAUCAUAAAGCACUCGGUUGGGCAGCCCGAGACAAUUCCGGCAUCCUCUCCCCCUUCAACUUCACCAUAAGAGCCACUGACGAAUCCGAUGUCCGAAUAAAAAUACUCUACUGUGGAAUCUGUCACAGUGAUCUCCAUCUGUCCAAACAAGAUAUCGACUUCCCCAUCACCUAUCCUCUCGUUCCAGGGCAUGAGAUCAUCGGCGAGGUGGUGGAAGCAGGAGACAAGGUGAAGAAGUUUAAGGUUGGAGAUAAAGGUGGUGUCGGUUGCUUCGUUCGAAGUUGCGGCGACUGUGAGCAAUGCGAAGAGAGCCUUGAAAGCUAUUGUCACAGAGCGGUGACGACCUACAAUGCCACCGAUUAUGAUGGCUUGCCCACCUACGGCGGCUACUCCGAUACCAUCGUCGUUCAUGAGCGCUAUGUCUUCCACAUCCCCGACCAACUCCCACUCCACUCUGCUGCGCCGCUGCUCUAUGCCGGCAUCACUGUUUAUAGCCCAAUGCGCUACUUCGGCCUCGAUCAACCGAGGCUUCAUGUCGGUGUUGUUGGGCUCGGUGGUCUCGGCCAUGUGGCUGUUAAGUUUGCCAAAGCUAUGAAAAUGAAAGUUAUGGUCAUUAGUACCUCACCACGCAAACAAAAGGAGGCAAUUGAGCUCUUAGGAGCUGAUCAAUUUCUUCUUAGCACUAAUGAGGAGCAAAUCAGGGCAGCUAUCGGUAGCUUGGAUGGGAUCAUUGAUACAGUAUCUGCAUAUCACUCAAUAGAACCAUUAUUAGGGUUGUUGAAGGCACAUGGUAAAUUAGUAGUGCUUGGAGCAUCAAAGGAACCACUGCAAGUUCCUUCCAUUCCUCUUCUUUUGGGAAGAAAGAUGGUUAGUGGUUCUGCAGCUGGGGGGAUGAGAGAAACACAAGAGAUGAUAGAUUUUGCUGCAGAACAUAAUAUAACUGCUGAAGUUGAGCUAAUACCAAUGAGCUAUGUGAACACAGCGCUGGACCGACUUGCUAAGGGAGAUGUCAGAUAUCGAUUUGUGAUCGAUGUGGCAAACACUUUAAAGAAGGCUAAUGAGUGAGUGGCUAAUGUUUAGGGUGUUAUUUGGUUGAACUUUUAUAUCAUGUAUGUGAGUG